AUGCGACGGAACGGAAGUUAUUUUGGUCGUUUAAGCGUACGGAUCUAUCUCAUCUAUUUGUGCUGCUAUCUUCUGCUGAUAAUAGCAGCAGCUGGCAGCAACAAUGUUGUUAACGGACUCAAAUGCUACUGCAAUCCCAAGGAAUGCGAUGUCAUACGCGCCCUAGACUGCCCCGGCAAGGGCCUCAUGCUCUGGGAUCCCUGCCAAUGCUGUCGCAUUUGCGCCAAAACCUUGGGCGAAUCCUGCGGAGGACCCGGCGGCUUUUCCGGACAAUGCGAACCACCCCUGCAGUGUGUCACCAAACUGCCCAUUAGCAGCGGUCUGGGUGUGUGCAUGGACCUGCAACAUCUGACGGCGCUCACAUUUAGCCAGCUCAGCAAUUGCACGGCGGAUGAGUUCAUCGUGUUAGAGCCGGGCUGUGAGAUAACCAACAAACGCUGCCAAUGUUGGCCCACAAUGCGCACCUGUCUUAGUCAGUUGUCCAGCGAUGGCGCCUCGCCGAGUGAUUCGCGUUGGCAUUUCAAGAACUUAGAGGACUGCCAAUUGAAUUUGCAAAAUCUAAUUAAGCUCGAAUUGGAAUUCGAUGAAGACUACAAAAUCUCACCGAGCAAAUUUACAUACAAAAAGCUGCGCAGAAAGCGAAAAUCGUUGAGAAAACGACUCAUCAUCUUGGAAGAUGUAGGCACCACGCAAGCCAUAUAA